AUAGCACUACCAAUUUGUUUUUUCUCAACAAUUUUCACUCUCAAGAAAUCCACUAUGUCAUCAUCCACAUCUUCUUCUUCAUCUCGUACACCUACUAGCAAUAAUCAUAGACUUAAUACUAAAACCACGGAAGAAGUUUGGAAAGACAUAAAUCUUUCUUCUCUAAAUGACCACACUACUACUACUUCCCCUAGAGAUCAUAUUGAUCCACAACAAAAUACUAGUAAUUCUACCAAUUUUGGUGGCAUGAUUUUACAAGAUUUCUUGGCUAGGCCAUUUGCUAAUAACCCUAAAACAGCAGCAAAAGGCUAUGUCUUCCCUAUUCUUCCUCCUCCUGCUGUUACUGUGUUGACAUUAAACUCUGGCCCUGGACUUCAUUUCUUUGGUAACUUAAGGCAAAACUCAAGUUCUCAGCAGCAAAAAGCUAUCUCGAGUAGGUCAUUUGAGGAUUUGGCUUCACCCGUUGGAGAGAAUGCUAAUGGAAGAAAGAGGUGCAGUGAGUCUGAUAACAAUUCAAGUGACCAGAAAAACAAGAGGAUGAUCAAGAACCGUGAGUCUGCUGCUAGAUCAAGGGCUAGAAAGCAGGAAAGUGCUUAUACGAAUGAAUUGGAGCUAAAAGUAGCCCAUUUGAUGGAAGAAAAUGCCAGGCUCAAGAAUCAGCAACAACAGUUAUGCUUAGCAGCAGCUGCUCAACUUCCAAAAAAGAAGUCUCUCUAUCGAACUUCAACAGCCCCAUUUUGAGAAAUAUCAGAGGAUGUAUGUGAAAUUUCUCUUUUGUGGCCUGUUUUAUGUAUUUCUCUCUAGAAAGAGAAAGAAAAUAGAUGGUGAUUUUAGGCAAAGUGAAGGGCAUGAUCAAAUGGGAAGACAGUUUAUGCCUUUUUUGGCAAUGAAAUCAACAGCCAACAGCCAAGGGACUUUUUCUAUAUGAGUCUAUGAUUUUGCUUGUUACUUUCUUUUGGAAUCUUUCUAUCCAAAAAGCCUAAAGGGGUUUGGCUGGUUUUUGUUCCUUGUUUUAAUGUAGGCAGAAUAGCCUAGUAGACACUUAUACUUGUUCCAGUUUGUCAUUCCGGUCCCUGUACUCCACGAACUUUCAUUCAAACACUUGUGCUUGAUCGAAAUGAAUAUUAUAAACCCCUCCCAUUAUGCGUGAGUCUCACUUGCCGUGACAAGGAUAACACAUCAGAUCCAUGUCAGAUACAUAAUCCACAUCAGCAUCUUCUUCUUUACUAAUACCAGAUUUUUUUUCUCCUUCACGCCAUUUUUCACCUUCCCUCUCGAUUUUCAGAGAACCUCAAAAACUCAUCGGCUUCAACUUCUUCUCUCUUUGUCUCACCAUAACUGUUGCACUUGAAACUAUUAGGAUUAUUUUUUUGGGUUAUGAAAUGAUUGCAGAAAGUAUAAGGCAGCAUAGAUCUCAUCAAUUUUCCUCCAGUCACCAUUUCUUCCAACCAAAGAGAUCCCAAAUUUUUCAUACAGACUGCUAUCAUCGUCGUCAUCUUGGCUUAUCGAAGGGCGAGUGUUGACAAGAAGAUCUACCAAGGAUUGGAAGUAAAGGUUGUCAAAAUCUAGGGUGAAACGUUAUCGGAGUUCAUAGUGGUUUGUGGUGGUGGGCUAGUGGUGAUUGGAUGGAAGGGUUUAGGAGAGAGAUUUUGAAGUUGUUCUUGGAAUAAAAAAGGGUAAAGAGUGGGAAGAACGGGAGAAAGGAAGAAGGGAGUGAUGGUGGUGGGUGGUCUUGAUGGAUGAAGGGUACGGGGUAGAAGGCAGCAGACGGGGGUGAUGGGUUAGGUAAAGGUUUUGAAGAUGCGAGGAGGGGGUGUUUUCCCUUUUAUUUAUAUUGUUUCUCUGUUUUUUUUAAUUAUCAUAUUUGAAUUUUUCCUUUUAAAAAGAAAUAAAAAUAUAGAUUCACGCUCUCUUUACGCGUGCAUACCACGCAUUCCAUCCUAGUCAGAUAAACAAAGGCCAAAUAAGCUUGGUCAACGGUCAGAGGGGUUUAUAAUAUUCAUUUUAAUCAAGCACAAGUGUUUGAAUGAAACUUCGUGAUGUAUAGGGACCGGGAUGAUAAAGCGGAACAAAUUUAGGUGUCUACUAGGCUAUUCUGCCUUUAAUGUAAAGUAAAGUGACUGUUGAAACAAGAUUAGACCUUUGUAGUGUUAUAAUAAUAAUAAUAAUAAUAAUAGCUGCAACAGAACAUUUUUAGUAGUAGCAUUGUUUGUACAAUGUACAGUAAGAAUCUUUAUUUUGG